UCUUCGAGUCUGGCUGUCACAGACUGUUUCCUGAUCUGAAGGAGAGGAGACAGACCCGGGCUGUAACAGUAGGGGGGAGAGGAGCAUCAUGUCCAUGGCCAUGGCUUACCAACAGAAGCUAGCUGAGAAGCUCACCAUCCUCAACGACAGAGGGAGAGGGGUGCUGCUGCGUAUGAACUACAUUAAGAAGACAUGCUUGGAUCCCAAGCUUCGGCCACAAUACCUGACAGACAAGACCAUGGAAGCAUCUGUCAAAUACAUCAACAAGAAGUUCCCCAACAUCGACUUCAGGGGGAAUAGUCAGCAGUAUCUGGUAGGCGUCCAGAAACACAAGUCUGAGGUGAUGGCGGCCAUGUCCAGCUACUAUGAUUCCUUCAUAGACGUCAUGGAGUUCAGGGAUCAUGUUUAUGAACUGCUGAAUACAAUUGAUGCCUGCCAGUGCUUCUUCGACAUUGCGGUGAACUUUGACUUCACCAAGAACUACCUGGAGCUGAUCAUCACAUAUACGUCUGUCAUCGUCAUGCUUUCACGCGUCGAAGACAAGAAGGUCCUGGUGGGCAUGUACAACUGUGCUCACGAGAUGUCCAAUGGCAGCAGUGACCCUGCGUACCCCCGCCUGGCUCAGAUGUUUAUGGAGUAUGAACAGCCCAUUAAGAAACUCACUGAGGAAUUCGGCCCUCACACUAAGGCUGUGACGGGGGCCCUCCUGUCCCUACAGAUGUUGUACCCCAGGAGGAACCUUCCUGCAGAACAGUGGCGCAGCGCUCAGCUCCUCAGUCUCCUCAGCGCACCUGCUGCCAUGCUGGACCCUGCCUGCUGCGACACCAUGGCCUGUGAGUACUUGUCCUUAGAGGUGAUGGAGCGUUGGAUCCUUCUGGGUUACCUGCUGUGUCAUAGCAGUCUGAACACCAACCAGUCGUCUCAGGAGCUGUGGAAGAUGGCCCUCCGCAGCGGCCUUUAUCUCACCAUCAUCAGGGACGAGACAAUCAACAUCCAUAAGAUCACAGAGGACCACUUCGAUGGCCUGAAAGGGUACAGUAAGCGUAUCGCAGAUAUCAAAGAAUGCCGCGAGCAUGUCGUAGUCAACAGUGGAGCCAUGCACAGAGAAAGGAGAGGUUUCCUGAGGAAUGCCUUGAAGGAGCUGGUCAAAGUCCUGGAGGAUGAACCUGGACUUCUGGGACCCAAGGUGCUGUUUGUCUUCAUGGCUCUGUCGUUUUCCCGUGACGAGGUUCUGUGGCUCGUCAGAUAUUCAGAGAAUAUUCCCAAGACCAAGACUCCAGAGGACUACGUAGACUCGCAGAUGGCUGAGCUCCUGUUCUACAUGGAGAGGUUGAGGACCCUGAUGACUAAGUACACCCGCGUGGUGCAACGCUACCAUGUCCAGUACCUGGCCCAGUUUGAUGCCCUGCUCCUCAACGACACUAUGCAGAAUAUGUAUGUCUGUCCAGAAGAGGAAUCAGUCCUGAUGACAUCAUUUGUCUCAACACUGUCUGCACUGACUAUCAAACAAGUGGAAAACGGAGAGGAGUUUGACUUCAGGGCUCUGAGACUGGACUGGUUAAGAUUACAG